AUGCCUCGGAUCAAGGAAUGGAUCGAGAAGCUCGAGGUGCCAGCGGAGCCUGGGUUGACCAACACCCAGUUGAUGUUGACAAACCGUGACUUGCGGCCAGUCGAACACGAGCGUCGACAGUGGAGAUGGUUCAACUUUGUGGCUUUCUGGAUAGCAGACUCCUUGAAUAUCAACACAUGGAUGAUCUCAUCCUCGAUGAUCGUUGAUGGCCUGUCCUGGUGGCAGGCAUGGAUAUGCGUCUGGGUCGGAUACUUCAUCGCCGCUUGCUUUGUGUGCUUGACCGGUCGCAUCGGUGCUGUCUAUCACGUAUCGUUCCCGGUCGCAUGCAGAGCAAGCUUCGGGAUCUGGGGUUCUUUCUGGCCCGUCUUCAACCGGGCGGCGAUGGCUGUUGUUUGGUAUGGUGUCCAGGGCUAUAUCGGAGGCGAGUGUGUCACCUUGAUGAUCGAAUCCAUCUGGCCCAGUUAUAAGAAUAUCCCUAAUGGGAUUCCUGCGAGCUCUGGUGUGACCACUAAGAACUUUGUCAGCUUCUUCCUGUUUUGGCUCAUCUCUCUGCCUGCUCUUUGGUUCCCGGUCCAUAAGAUUCGGCACCUCUUUACCGUGAAAGCGAUAUAUUCCCCCAUCGCAGCCAUUGCUUUCUUCGCCUGGGCUAUCUCCCGUGCCAACGGAAUCGGUCCGAUCGUCCACCAACCUGCCACAGUACAUGGAAGCGCCCUGGCUUGGGCCGUCAUCAAGUCCAUUAUGAGUUGCCUGGGCAACUUUGCAACUUUGAUCGUGAACGACCCGGACUUUUCGAGAUUCUCCCGGACACCCAAGGACGCGUUGUGGUCGCAACUGCUCACCAUCCCGAUCGGCUUCGGCAUCACUUCCUUUAUCGGCAUCAUUGUGUCGUCCUCUUCGGCGGUCAUCUUCGGCGGUGAUUUUGUGUGGAACCCCCUGACCCUUCUCGGUCAAUUUCUGGACGGAGCCAGCUCGGCUGAGCGCUUCGGAAUAUUUAUCAUCUCGACUGGCUUUACUCUCGCUCAGCUGGGCACGAAUAUUUCCGCGAACUCGGUCUCCGCUGGUACGGAUAUGACGGCAUUAAUGCCUCGCUACCUCAACAUCCGACGGGGUAGUUACAUCUGUGCCGCCGUUGGCCUGUGCAUGUGUCCGUGGAGACUUUCAUCGUCAUCCAACGCGUUCACCACCUACCUCUCGGCCUACUCGAUCUUCCUCUCCUCCAUCGCCGGUGUCAUGAUCUGCGACUACUAUGUCGUCCGGAAAGGAUACCUGCGGGUAAAGGAACUCUACAGCGCACGGAAGACCUCACCGUACCACUACGUCUGCGGAUUCUCCUGGCACGCAUAUGCUGCGUACCUGUCAGGUAUUAUCAUCAACAUUGUCGGCUUUGCAGGGGCCGUGGGACGCAGCGUGCCCGUGGGCGCGCAGUACAUUUACAACGUCAAUUACUUCUCCGGGGUGGUUGUCUCGAGCGUGAUGUAUUACGCGCUGACGCGGCUGUUCCCCAUCCCCGCUACCAGCGACAAAUGGCAGGAGGUUGGCGUGGACGUGGACGAUCUGUCCGUCGCGGACGGACAGGAGGUGUUUGUGGAGGACGAACAUCCGACGGGGAAGCCGCUGGACCUGGAAGCUCCUGUUGACCAGAAGCGACCAAAGUCCUCGGCCUCGUCUGUGAACUAA